AUGAGUUUCCGAUUCCCUUAUCACGAAACCCCGUCAGAGGGCAGUUUCAACCGCGAUUUUAAUGAUGCAGAGAAAGGCCAGAACGACACCUCAGGAAUGGCACUUGCACCACUGAGCAAAGUCUACGCAUCCGAGAAAGCGAACGGCCAUCUCACUGCCUUCCCUCCAGCUCAUGAUGGUAACAUGUCGUCCGCCACCCAAUCGACCUCGUCUUUUCACAACUAUAGCAAAUCGGACUCCUCGUUGCCAAUUCUUCCCAAGCAAAAGAUCACACCGCCGCCAUCGAAGAAACAGGAACCCAAAAAGAGCACCCUGUUCAUACUUUGGUUCAACACAUAUAAGCGGCUUUUCGUUUUUGUCGUCACUCUCAACCUCGCUGGCAUCAUUCUCACUAGUGUCGGCCAGUUCCAAUAUGCUCAGGACCAUCUUGGAUCCAUGGUUCUUGGAAACUUGCUUUUUGCUAUUUUGAUGCGCAACGAGUUGUUCUUUCGGAUCCUCUAUAUGGCAUUUAUCUGCGGACUAAGAAGUUGGGCGCCAUUAAGAGUAAAGUUAAUGGCAGCGUCGUUUUUGCAGCAUGUUGGAGGAGUGCAUUCUGGCUGUGCACUCUCAGGAACUGCCUGGCUCGUGUAUUACAUUGUGCAGAUUCUCGGCCACCGCAGCAUCCGUGAACCUGCUGUACUCAUCACCGGGAUCGUCACGGUUGUCUUCAUCAUAACGUCGGUGGUGAGUGCAUUGCCAUGGGUUAGAAAUAACCACCACAACAUCUUUGAGCGGUAUCAUCGAUUCGCCGGUUGGUUGGGCCUGGCUGCUACAUGGUCUUUCGUCGUGUUGAGCAACUCUUACGAUGCUACUAGCGGCGAAGAUAAUUCCAAUGCGCAGUCCCUGAUCACAACGGAAAACAUCUGGUUUACCAUUUUCAUGACGAUCUUGAUCGCUCUUCCAUGGGUAACAGUCCGACAGGUCCCAGUCGAGGUAGAAAUACCCUCAUCCAAGGUCGCCGUCCUCCGUUUCGAAAGGGGAAUGCAACAAGGUCUCCUGGGACGCAUCGGGCGUUCAGCCUUGAUGGAGUAUCAUGCUUUCGGUAUCAUCAGCGAAGGACGCCAUUCUCCUUAUCAUUACAUGGUCUGCGGUGUUCAAGGCGAUUUCACCAAGAGCCUCGUUGCGAACCCGCCUACAAAGAUCUGGACACGAGAAUUGAAGUUCGCUGGAAUUGGACACGCUUCGGCCAUGUUCAAGAGGGGUAUCCGUGUCUGCACCGGAACUGGCAUUGGUGCGGCUCUAUCGACAUGCAUCCAGAGUAAGAACUGGUUCCUCAUCUGGAUAGGUUCUGACCAAUACAACACUUUCGGAUCGACGAUCUCACGUCUCAUCCACGAUAACAUCGAGCCAGACCGAAUGAUACUAUGGGACACCAAAGAACGCGGGGGUCGACCAGAUACAAUGCAGCUCCUUAGGGAUACCUGGAACAAUUUCGGUGCCGAGGUCAUCUUCAUCACGUCUAAUAUGAAGGGCAAUGAUGAAAUGAUGCAGGGAUGUCGUGAAGAGGGAAUGCACGCUUUCGGCACACUAUGGGACUUCUGA